GUGACUUGUCUACGCGCAUGCGUCCAAUAUAUCGGCGCGCAAAAACUCCAUAUUUUCUCCCGCGGUCUUCGCGGUGUUGUUUUCCUGAAAGUAUACAUUGAUAUAUAUAUAUAUAUAUGAAAAUAUUUAUACCGAUGAGUGAAAAUACAAUUAAAUAAACAUAUUAAUAAGAUUUUCUCCAAAUUUAAUACUACAUUAACAUAGCUGAAAAAAUGGAUACAGAAGACAUGGAAAACUUCGAAACAGAAAAUGAUGUCACUGAAGAAAACACAGAUAAUAUUGAAAAUAUUCAUAUCGAUGAGCCUGAGAUAGAAGAAAGUGACGAUGAAGAGAUGACAGCUGCACAAGCGAUACAAGCACUUGAAAAUGCUUGGCUCAAUGAAAAAUUUGCUCCGGAACUCUUGCCCCAUCAAUUGCCACUUGUCGAGACCAUGCUGGAACACAUAGUGCACAUGGAAAAUAAUUUAAAAAAAUUGAAAAAAGGAGACAUUCGUCUAAAUAUUCAUACGAUGGAAUUAAGUAGAAUAAGAUUUGUGAUAUCAAGUUACCUUAGAAAAAGGCUUGAAAAAAUAGAAGAAUAUGCCAUUCACUUAUUAUCAGAGGAUGCUAAACGUGAUGUGAAUGAACAUUUUAUGACAACUGCUGAAGCUAAAUUUGCUAGAGAGUAUAUAUCUAGCGUUGAGAAUUUGUUCACUGCUGUUGCCUUACAAUAUAUACCUCCAAGAAUCAAAGAAUUUGAACUGAAUAAAAUGGCAUCCAAGCCAAAUAUGAAUAAACAUGUUUUUGUCAGCGCAAAUAAAGCUGCUUUGGGAAUUUUGAUCCCAGGCAAUGAUAUAGAAGUUGAUUUUGAAGAGGGUUCACAACACAUUAUACAAUACAGUGCUAUUGCCCAUUUAGUUAAAACUGGAGAUGUGCAGUUGAUAUGAUCAAUAUAAAUCAGUGUAAAUAGAAAACUGUUCAAACUUAGGGUCUUGAAUGAAUGUGUACAUAAAAAUAUUGUUAAAUUUAUAAGGUGGCCUUUAUUGUAGGACAACUCAUGCAAGAAAUUGUUGUGAAAACUAAUGUUUAAAUUAUGCAUUAAAUAAUAUCAACUUGAUAAGUUUAGUCAAUAUUUAUAUUUUUUCAUCGUUCAGUUCUACAAGAACUGUCAAGGUAAAUAAAAUUUAAUACUAUUUAUGUAA